UGUACUGAGUUUCGUAAAUUAAAUUUUAAUAUUAUUAUUUUAAAUUAAAGUAUGUCCAAUUAUAGUUUACUUAAUAGAAAAAUGAAUAGUGAAAUAAGAAUUAGUGGUAAAAAGUUGUUAGGAAUUGUGGCUGUUGUGCUGAUAUUAUUUAUUUAUGUUUUUAAUAAAAAUUCUUGCACGUCUUCACAAAACCAAGAAAAAUACCAAGAAGAUAAAUCACCUUCAACAAUAAUUUAUGCUGUUACACCAACUUAUUAUCGACCCGUACAGAAAGCUGAAUUGACGAGACUUUCACAUUUAUUCCGCCUAGUGCCAAACUUAUUUUGGGUAAUAGUUGAAGAUGCUGACGAAACUAGUAUAUUAGUUAGGAAUCUCAUUAACCGGUCAGGUUUAUCUCAUCGAAGUGUCCUUUUGCACGCUAAAACUCCUUCCGAUUAUAAAUUAUCAAAAAAAGAUCCUCAUUGGUCGAAGCCAAGAGGUGUUGAACAGCGUAACUUAGCUCUUGAUUGGAUUAAAAGAAGAGUGAAACAUGAGCCUGGCCAUGGAAUCGUUUAUUUUAUGGAUGAUGACAAUAGUUACAGUGUUGAGUUGUUUGAAGAGAUGUUAAAAAUCGAACGUGGUCGUGUUGGCGUUUGGGGUGUUGGACUUGUUGGAGCAUUGAACCUUGAAAAGCCAAUUGUUGAGAGUGGCAAAGUUGUAGGAUUUAAUAGCAUGUGGCGACCUGAAAGACCUUUUCCCAUUGACAUGGCAGGAUUCGCCAUAAGUUGUGAUUUAUUUAUGAAUAAUCCUGAUGCAGCUUUCAGUUAUAACGUACAGAAAGGAUAUCAAGAAAGCGAAAUAUUAAGAAAAGUUACAACCAGAGAACAAUUGCAACCGUUAGCAAUAAAUCAAGUGUUAGUGUGGCAUACUCGAACAGAACCAUCAAAAAUGGACAAUGAAAUGAAAUUAGCAAAGAAAAAUUUACCUCCUAGUGACAAGGACAUAAUCGUGUGAAUUUAAUUGUAAACAUUUAUUUAUCUAUCUACAUACAUAAAAGUUAGACCAUCGAAUUUUUGUAACAAACAAAUUUAAUGUCUUUUAUUGAUAUUUAGUAAAUCUUAAGCUGCAUAAGUUUCUUUUUCUUUUGCAAGAGAACUUUUUAACAAAUCUAAAUUAAUCGUCAGAUACUUCUUAGGUAAUAAAUUAGGUAGUAGGUAAUUUAUUAAGAAACAUAAUGUACACUUACACGCAUACAUUUAAUGCACAUUUAUGACUCGUCAGCAAAAAAAGGAUCGUUUUGCAUAAACAU